GGGCCGCUGUUAAUCUAUUUCCUGAUUGUACACUGUCAGUGACCGCUGUUAAUCUGUUUCCUGAUUGUACACUAUCAGUGACCACUGUUAAUCUAUUUCCUGAUUGUACACUGUCAGUGACCACUGUUAAUCUAUUUCCUGAUUGUACACUAUCAGUGACCGCUGUUAAUCUAUUUCCUGAUUGUACACUGUCAGUGACCGCUGUUAAUCUAUUUCCUGAUUGUACAUUAUCAGUGACCACUGUUAAUCUAUUUCCUGAUUGUACACUGUCAGUGACCGCUGUUAAUCUAUUUCCUGAUUGUACACUGUCAGUGACCGCUGUUAAUCUAUUUCCUGAUUGUACAUUAUCAGUGACCGCUGUUAAUCUAUUUCCUGAUUGUACACUGUCAGUGACCGCUGUUAAUCUAUUUCCUGAUUGUACACUGUCAGUGACCGCUGUUAAUCUAUUUCCUGAUUGUACACUAUCAGUGACCGCUGUUAAUCUAUUUCCUGAUUGUACAUUAUCAGUGACCACUGUUAAUCUAUUUCCUGAUUGUACACU